AUGAGGAAGGUGAUGAUGUCACAACCUGGUGUCUCGUUGUAUGCAAUAGGGAAGGAAAGAAGAAGUCUGACGAAGAUAACCAGUUUAAUGCCCGGUCUGGAGUUUAACGAGGUUCAUAACCAUUACAUGAUUGAGUCGGAACAUCAGCAAUUCAUGUCAAGCAGUCACAAGUUGGAUGGUGUACAUCAUAAAUUCAUCCUCGACUGUUCCAAGGCUAAUAUAGGACCCACACUUACAUUUAAGGUAUUGAAGGAAAUUCUCGGUGGGUUUGACCUAGUUGGUUGCACUGUUGGGGAUAUCAGGAAUGCUUCGCUGGACAUCAAAGCAUACGCACAUGGAUUUGAUGUACAAAUGGUUUUGGAUGAUAUGGCUAAGAAGAAGGACAUGUCCAAGGCCUUCACCUAUCACUACGAAGUUAAUGCUUCUAACCAGUUGGUUGCUCUAUUUUGGUACUGUAUGAUAUUCACUCAUUUCACUGGAAAAGAUAAUCAUGGCAGGCCUGUGACCUUCGCUGUCGGAUUGGUGUGCAGCGAGAAAACAGGGGCAUUUGCUUGGUUAUUCAGACAUUUUGUUGAAUGUAUGGGUGUAGCACCCAAGAUGAUUGUGACCGAUCAGGAUAUGGGCAUGAGAUCAGCUAUUGAAGAGGUUAUAGUCGGCACUCGGCACCGUUGGUGUAUGUGGCAUAUAAUGCAUAAGUUGGCAAACAAGGUUCCGAACCGGUUGCUGAGGGACGACGAGUUCAAAAAGGAAUUCAAUGCUUGUGUGUGGUCGGACCUGGUUGAGCCGGACGAAUUCGAGGAUGAGUGGAAUAGAUUGGUCGAACAGCAUCAACUAGAGGACAUCGAUUGGUUCAACACAUUGUAUGCGUACAGGCAAUUCUGGAUACCGGCGUACUUCAGGGAUUUUCCUAUAGGAUCGAUGAUUAGGACUACGUCCAUAUCCGAAUCAGAGAAUAGUUUUUACAAAAAUUUUCUAAAGCCCGAGCUAACAUAG